CAGAUGAGAAGCUACCGUUGGUAAUUCUUCAAAGAAGAAGAGUAGCAACAAUGGCUGCUACCACAGGACAAACUAAAAAGAGUGUUUCAGCCUCAGAUGCGGAUCUCUUACUGCACCCCGAGCUUCUAUCUCAAGACUUUAUGCAGCUAAUUUUAAGGCAGAGAAAUGUCGGUACCAGAGGCUGCGAAGACAGGGACCGGCUCACAGAGCUCUACCUGCGGCAUAUCAUCCCGCUACCGCAGAGGAAUCUACCCAACAGCCGUUGGGGACGGAAGAUGGAGAAGAGCCGGGGGAGACAGACGGCCGCUGGACACAGUUCCAGUAAUGACCAACAUAGGAACAGGCCUCUGAUUGUUUUUGACGGGAAGUCCUCUCAGUCGGGCCCGCUGAAAGUGAAGAAACCCGAGAGCCCGACAGGGCCAGCCGGAGCCACAGACAGAUUAAAACCUCCUCCAUCUGCAAAUCUGUCCAACCCCAUCCGUAAACUCUCAGGCACGUCAUCGUCGUCUUCCUCACAUCGCAGCUCUGACACCACAAACCUCAAACGGGACGCAGACGCCUCGGGUGCACUAAAAUCUCCAGAAGUGAGGAAAAAGAUCCAACACAUAACGUGGCCCUGACCUUUGACCCGGGUUGGCAGAUCAGGCUCAUAGAUCUCUCCCCCAUCAUCCCAUUCACUUCACACAGCCCACCGCCGUAUCACCCACGGUUACAAUUUUCAAACUAAAAGAUGUAAAGAACCACUUUCAGAUGUGCAUCAAGACCCCUUUAAUAUUCUAAUUCAUGGUGGACCGUCAACACACUAAGGCGACGCUCAGGUGAUCAACCCUUCUUGUUGAAGUCAGGAGCUUCCUUGUUGCUUUUUUGCAACCUCAAGUGCCCUUUUUGUCCUCCUAGCCAGCAUCUCCCAUCUUGUGUCGUUUUAUAAUAAGAUUUUAUGGUUUCAUGUAUUUAAUAUAAAGGUGUGAGUUUCCUGGUUUAUAAAAAAAAUGCAGCAGAAUAUAACACUUUGAUAGGGAUGGACAUAUUCAUGGCAGAUUAUCCUAAUCACUACAUUGUUGAAGUUGUGCAUUAAAAUGUUUUGAAGCGUGUCGUUUGGUAACCAAUGGAUACUUGUCACUUGUUGCUAUAAUUCCACUAAGACCAAGAUUUUAUUUAGUGAUAUUUCUAAAUUCUUGAUUGAAAUAAUGUGGGGUCACCCAUUUACAGAGGGAUCAUGUUUCGGCAUUAAACGGGUGUGGGAAAACUGUUGCUACUUUUGUAUAUUAAACAUGAAGUGAAGCGAGCAUAGAUCCCUUUAAUGAUGUAUUUAUUGGUUGGGAUAAUUUUACUUUGCAACUGAUAUAAUUGCUUUAGACAGAGUUCAUUAAAAACACAGGAAAAAGUGUUUUCAACAUUUGUACAAACAGUUUCUUAAAAUAAAUUCUCAACACAAGGAA